AAGUCGGCAUGGUGGAUGGUAAUAAAGUUGUCCGGGUUCUUAAGCUCAGCUGUUGACUGUGGUAAAUCUCAGUCCGCGGUACGAUAUUAUUUAAGUCUUCAUUCUUCAUGUGAGCUGAUCUUUUAAACUCGAUUUGAAGUCCAGUUAAAUAACUAUUCACUAUUAAUUAUUGAAGAUUGCCGAAUGCCCAUAUAACCUUGCGGUAGGAAACUUGUUCGGGGUGGUUCGUUACUCAUUAGUUUUUUGGCGAUUGGCAAACAGUACUUUGCAGGGCGCAGUAACUAGGCUCAAAUCUCCAGCAACGGAUGAUUUAUGGUUACCAUUCGAUUACGCCAGUACAGUGUGGUACCAUGGACACAUUGACGAUGUCUAAAUUCUAAUGGCUUGGCCGGUAAUAACUACUGUUCGUUCAAAGGACCCAGGAAUUAACUGUGGCAACUCCGGCGUUCUCUGGUGGGUUAGUUGAAUUCCAUCGACUUUUAUUUAUCGCUCGACGCGAUUCCAAAUGCCAAUCAGUAUUCAAUUGUUUACUCGAAAUGUGGAUUUGAAAUAUUUGAAUUACCAUAAAACACCGACAUAUUGUUAAACUAAAACCUAGGGAAUUUAAUGUCAAUUAAAAUGGAAAAACAUAUACAAAUACAUUUAGAGAAAUGUGAUCAUUUAAUACCCAAAAAUAAAAAUAUUUUGAUUAAAACUGAAAAAGAUCAACAAUCAAAAAGUAAUAAUAUUUAUAUUAAAAAUGAGACUGAAAACAUCAAUAAGUGUGUACAAGAAAACUUAAUUGAUUUUGAAUACAAUAUUGAUGAAUAUAAACAUAAAAAUAGUAAUUAUUGUAUUCCUAAUGAAGUAACAAAAAAUGUAAAUCAGUACAAAAAUAUAAUUAAAAUUGAAAAAGAUGUAUUUAACGAUUGUGUGUUUGAAAGUGAAAUAGAAAUUGAAAUGCCAAGUAUUAAAUUCAAAUAUAAUGACCAAAUAAUAGAAAAACAAAUUCAUUGUGUUCGUCCAAUAGAAAAUUUUGAUGAUCAUUGUCCUGCUGUUCACGAACAGUUAGACAAUAAAGAAAAACAAUAUCAGUGUAAUAUAUGUAAUAAACAACUUCAUGACAAAAACAAUUUAGAAGUUCACAAAUUACUUCAUACAAAUAUCAGGAAAUUCAAGUGUACUACGUGUAGUGAGCAAUUUUCGGAAUUAAGUGAUCUUAAAAGCCAUUUGAUAUCUCAUAUAGACAGUAAUAUAAAAUUGUUUGAAAAUCAAUUUCUCCAACAAGAAUGUAAUAAUAUUGAUGAAUGUAAUAGAAACUUAUGUAAUAGUAUUAUAUCAGUUGAGGGAUUAAAGACAAAUUAUUCCAAAAGUGGAGUUCCAAUUCAAAAAGAAAUAAUUAACAAAAUUACAUUAGGGUUUUCAGUAGAAAUUGAACAAUUAAAUAUUGAAGAUAUUUUAUCAACCAAGGUUUGUAACAUCGAUUCAAGAAAUAGUGUUGAUUCAGAUUUAACUGUUGGGAAUGCAGUUAAUUCUAUUGCUCCAGUAAAUCAUGAAUCAGUUAAUGUGGCUGAAUCAUUCAAUGCAAAUUCUGUUAAUUCAAAAAAAUAUAAAAAUGAUGAAGUUUACGAAUGUGCUAAAUGUAGUACAUUAUUUAAUGAUUGUCCAAGUAUUAUAGAUCAUCUCAAACCUCAUACGGAUCAAUGUACUAACUGUUGUAAAUACAUUGGUAGUUUGACUUCUUGUAAAUAUCCUGUUAGCUUUAAACCAGGAGCACCAGUAUAUUUUGAAUGUGAUGAAUGUUACAAUGGGUUUUAUACACUCAAGAGCUUUGGUAAAUAUAUUAGUGCACAAAGUAAAAAAAAAAAAAACAGACCAUAUAAAUGUGAUAUUUGUCUAAAAACUCAUAUAAGUUUUUAUCACUUUGCUGCUCAUCAACGAUUACAUAAAGGUGAGAGACCAUACCAGUGUAAUGUUUGUAAUAAACUUUUUCACGCUAGAUUUAAUUUAGAAGCUCACUUGUUUUCUCAUCAAAAUAUCAGGAGAUUUGAAUGUUCUCUGUGCACAAAAAAAUUUCUAAAAUUAAAUUAUCUCAAAAUUCAUAUGAAGUCUCAUAACUCUUUUAAACAUGAAUGCAACAUAUGUAGUAAGGAAUUUGAAUCAUUGAAUUCUUUGCAAAUUCAUCAAGAUGUCCAUUUUAAAUACAAACCACAUAAAUGUAUUGAAUGUGGUAAAUCGUUUUCAAAGUUUAAAUCUUUUACUCAACAUUUGAAAAGGCACAGUGGUUUGAAACCAUACAAAUGUAAUCUCUGUGAUGAAAGUUGUAGCACUUUUUUUGAUUUUAAGUGUCAUAAAAGAAUACAUAAUGGAGAAAAACCUUACAAGUGUGAUAUUUGUGGAGAUGAAUUUACUGAACUAGCUGAUUGGAAAAAACACAGAAAAACACAUUAUGAGAAUAAAAUGUUUGAAUGCAACAAAUGCCAUAAAAAGUUUGGUAGUAAAACUGGUGUUAGGUGUCAUUUAGAAACACACAAAGAAAGAAUUAAGAAACACGCAUGUAAAAUAUGUAAUAAAGAAUUCACAAAAAAAUACAAUUUAUAUGAACAUGAAAAAAUUCAUAAAGAUUUUAAACCUUAUGUUUGUAACAUAUGUAAAAAGAGUUUUGUUUCUCGUUAUAAUUUUACCCAUCACUUAAAUCAACACACAGGUUUCAGACCAUACCAGUGUGAAUGUGGGAAAACAUAUCCAGCACUUGUAUCUUUAAUUAGGCACAAAAAAAUCAAUCAUACAUGUGAUAUUUGUGAUAAGUUUUAUAGUAACCCUCAAGAACUUAAGAUUCACAAGACUACACAUGAAGAAUCUAUGUUAAAGCAAUUUGUGUGUCAAUUAUGUGAAAAAUCAUUUAACAAAAAAGCGUUCUUGGACAAACAUUCUUUAACUCAUCUGAUUGAAAAACCGUACAAGUGUGACAUUUGUCCAAAGUCUUUUAUAAAUCGAACUGUUCUAACAGUUCAUAGAAGAAAUCAUACUGGUGAAAGACCAUACAAAUGCAAAUUAUGUACUAAGACAUACCCACAAUUUAGUUCAUUAUCUCGUCAUGAAGCCAAAGUACACAAAUAAAUAAUUUUUGACGCUAUAAUAAUUUAAAAAUAAAGCUUUAAAGUAAGUUAUUAAUA